AUAUUGUAGAUCAUUUACCGGCUUGACUUAUUUGCCUUACUUACAAGUUUAGGAUGUUUUGGGUAUUCGUCGUUCUGAUGAUCACAAUACAAUGUGGAUUGUGUGACAAAGUGUCACCAAAACCAGGUCUGAAAUUAUUCAGAGAGGAUUACAAAAGCGUGGAAGAAACCUGUCUGGCUGUCGGAUUUGUCAGAAACAACUGUACUGAGCCAAAUUAUCGAAUGGUUGCUUUUGAUGUUCGUUUAAAAGAAAAUAAAAGAAAUCUUGCCGACAAAGCACGGGUUGUGUUCGAAACAGUUGAUCUGAACGAAGGACUGGGAUACAACGCCUCUACCGGUAUAUUCACGGCCUCUAGCAACGGGAUCUACGUGUUUGACUGGACAACUCUUGCAUGGACAGGACAAUGUGCUUUUACGUCUCUUGUCGUAAACAACCAGUUAAAAUCAUGGAUCUAUUGUUGCGGCGGGCAAAUAUACCUUCCCUGUAGUAAAAUGACGAUUGUGAAACUCCAGAAGGAAGAUAAAGUUUGGAUUGGAGUUUACCAAGGUCCAGCUAAUAUACAUAGACAUUAUACGUCGUUUUCUGGUUAUAAACUGUAAUUAAAAUAAAAUUUUCACUGUUAA